AUGUCGUGGCAAGCAUACGUUGACACAAGCCUCGUCGGCACCGGCCACAUCGAUAAGGCCGCCCUCGUCAGUGCUGCUGGCGACAGUGUCUGGGCUACUUCUACUGGCUUCGAGCUCAAGCCCGAUGAGUUGAAGGCCAUCUCCGCCAUCGUUAGCGGUAACCAAGGUGCCAAGGACAAGGCCUUCGGUGAAGGUCUCUACGUUGCUGGCGAGCGAUUUGUUCUGGCCCGAGCUGAGGACCGAAGUCUUUACGCCCGAUCGGGCAGGAAGGGUCUCGCCGUCGCAAAGACUACUCAGGCCAUCAUCAUUGCCCACCACCCCGAGACCGCCAUCGCUGGUAACGCCACCUCCACCGUUGAGGGUCUUGCCGACUACCUCAUCAAGCAGGGCUACUAA